AUGAAGCUUGACUUACAAAAAUAUUUUGAAAUUUCGACAGUUCAUGGUCUUGCUUACAUUUCAAAGCGAUUCCAUAUCGUUGAAAGAUUAUUUUGGCUUAUUGCGAUGAUUCUUUCUGUUAUUUAUGCUUCAAACUUGAUUGUAGAACUUGUCAUAAAAAUUGCAAAUUUUCCGAUUGUUACGUAUUUGUCUGAGCAGUCAUUUUCUGUGUUAGAGAUUAAUUUUCCAGCAGUAACAGUUUGUCCACAGCAAAUUUUUGAACUACCUAAAGGACAUCGACCGUCCAUUAAUAAAUACAGCUUAAACAUUCAAUAUGAAAAACAUACGUUCAGCGUUCUUCAUCUAGAAAGUGCUGAAGUUGAACCAGAGCUUGUGGAUGAGAUAAAAUAUGGAAAUAUAAGUUACAUUGAGUUUCUUAAAAGAAUUGAAAAUGGGAUUAUUAAGCCACAGGAUUUGGGAUAUAAGAUUCUGAAGCGUCUCCAAAUCAUUGAUCUCAUCACAAAUCGUGGAGUUUUUAACAAACUUAACUUCUCAAUCCCAACUGAUGAUUUUCUUGAAGUCGCUAAUCAGUUUGAUAAAGAGCUUGGAUUUGAUUUGAGUUAUUAUUGGAUAAAUGAAGAUCAGCAGUAUAUAACUGAGAUUAUCACAGAAUGGGGUUUGUGCUUUACAUACAACAUAGCAUUCAGUCAUGAUUUAUUAAAUAUUAAUUCAACUUCUGAUGACUUUCAUUACGAGUACUUUCCAAGAUGGUUUGAGGAUAUAAAUAUAGAAAUUAAUAAAUUUCCAAUUAGUAUUUCAACAUCAAAAGCUGGACUGAGAGCUGGAUUUCAUCCUGAUAUAAACAAACUAGGAGAUUUGACUAAAGCACAAUACACAGUUAUUUUUCAUGAUCCAUUCGAACUGCCAACAGCAAAUUCUAAAGUUAUAAAGUUGAACAUUUAUUAUCAAACGAAUGUCCUUGUGGUUCCUCAGAUAAACUCAAUAGACGAGUCGCUUGUUGAGUAUGGACCUUCUGAACGUAAUUGCUAUUUAGAAAAUGAGAAAAUUUUAAAGUUCUUCAAAGUCUACACAAAAAACAACUGCGAGAACGAAUGUCUUUCUGAUUUCAUGCUCAAUCAUUGUGGCUGCAUUGAAUUUUUCAUGAUCCGAAAUUCAACAAGUCGAAUUUGUUCGGCAAAUGAAAUAAAUUGCUACUCAAAAGCUAAAUCUGAUUUUGAAGAGAAUAAUGACUUUUGUGAAUGUUUUGAACCAUGCGAUUUUGUUAAAUAUAAUUUUGAAAUCAAAGAAUAUGGAACUAUAGACUCAAAUUCAGGACAUCUACGCGAAACACUAGGAUUCCAACUUCAGUACAAAACGAAUGAAAUCAAUCAACAAGUCCGCAAAAAGCAAUUCAAUUGGCUCGAUUUUUUUUCGUAUGUUGGUGGAAUUUUGGGACUUUUUGCUGGAUUUUCUGCACUUUCUUUUGUAGAAAUCAUUUACUGGUUCACAAUCCGUGUUUUGUUCAAACAUUUUGGCAAACGAGAUGCAAAAGUUUAUCCAUUUGAAGAAAAUAAUACAAAAUGUUCAAAAUUUAUAGAAUUUUUACAAUCAUUUUUGAGUGAAUCAUCUAUUCAUGGAUUGUGGCACAUUCAUGAGUUUUCAUUGAUCAGUAGGCAAGUCAUGAAAAAAUAUGAAAUUUUUAAUGAAAUUCUAAUUACACAAGCAAGUGCUCCAAAUAGCCGAGUUAUUGCAUAUGAUGACAAUUACAAAUCAGUUGAUGAUAUUCCAUUUCCAGCUAUCACGAUUGUUCCAGAAUUUGCACAUUCCAGUCAUGUUGUAUGGAAAAUUUAUUUUAAAAAGACAGGUUCAGGAUUUAAUGCUGAUGAAUUAUUGAACAAUGAGACAACAAGGGAAGGGUUUAUACUUGAUGUAGCUCAGCGAGCUUUCUGUUAUGAGCAAUAUGAUGGAUAUGAUGACAACUUCGACUUUAGCUACAUUCCUUACAUCAUUAGAGCUUUGAAAAAGAAUUCAAAUAUUGAUUGGUUUAGGAAUCAAUUUUCAUUACUGAAUGGAAAAUAUGAACCAAAAUAUUCAGAGAUUCGAACAUCCAGAGGCAUGGGAUUUACAUUUAAUAUGAUUGAUGCAGACAAGCUGCUUAAUUUUGAUCAAAUUCAUUUAGAUUUCAAUUACACGAGAAAUAUAACUACCAACUCAGAUGAUUCCCUUAUUCUUACCAAAUAUCCUUUGACAUUCAACAGACAAGAUAAAGUCAUUUUUAAGGCAAAGAUUAAGAUGCCUUUUAAUGACAUGUAUGAAACAAUGAUUUGUAUUAAGCAGUCAUUUAUGAUUCAUCAUUCUGAUGACUUGCCGACAUUUAGUCAACGAAAAGAAUUUCUGAAUUUCGACUAUGGAACUACAGUUGACGUAACGGUAACUCCAGAAAUUAUCAGAACAGAUCAUGACUUGAAAUUUUUAAAGCCAGAAAUUCGUGGAUGUUAUUUUGAGGGUGAGAAGUCAUUGAAAUAUUUUAAGACAUAUUCACAAAAGAAUUGUGAUAUUGAAUGCCUUACAAAUGUGACAGAAAAGAGCUGUGGAUGUGUAGACAUUAAUCAACCUUUUAAAAAUAUUCAUGAUGUAUGUCAAAAUAUAUCAAGAAUGUUAGACAAUUGUUUUCGUGAUCUGCAACAUCAAAUUUAUGUUUUCGAACAUUUCUCAUCAGAACAGAACUGCUCGUGCUUGCCACUCUGCAACUCUGUUGGCUACAAUAUCAACUAUAAUAUAAGAAAUGAUCAAGAUGAUAAUGAGACAACAAUAAUUGUAACGAUGAACAUGGAUGACAUCAUUUUGUUCCGAAGAUAUCAACAAUUUACAUUCUCGGAUGUUGUUUCUUAUGUCGGUGGACUUUUGGGACUUUUUGCUGGAAUUUCAAUGCUUUCGAUUGUUGAAUUUUUCUACUUUUUUACAAUUCGAUUAUUGGUCAACUUGUGGAGGAUUUCAAGAGAUUCUGAGAUUAAUCAUGAAAUGAGAUGA